GUAUAAGUAUUCUGGCCUGCACAACAUUCACAACGUGAUUAUUGGUUCUGCAACUGAAAACGCGUCACGUAAAGUACUAUGAGCACGCCACAUCGUGCGAAACCGACGGCUGUCUAUACCUAAUUAUUACUUUCAAUUAAAUUCAAUUGAUUUAGAAUUCAAGACAAUAACAUUCAUCAGACAGUUGAUAAACGAGUGUUAUCAUGUACAAAUUUGAAAUGGACGAUUCAGCAUCCGCCAUGGAAGAAUUGCUAAAGAGUUUCGGAGGUCCUGAUAAAAUGAAAAUGAAAAUCCCAACGUGGUCCCAAACACAAGCAGCAUUGACAAGAAAGAAAAUAGUGAAUAUGGAACAUGAUUCGAAACUAGCCAAAGUAUUAACUACAUUUGACUUAACUGCACUUGGAAUAGGUAGCACCCUAGGAGUGGGUGUUUACGUAUUAGCAGGAGACGUAGCCAAAAAUACUGCGGGUCCAGCAGUUAUCAUAUCUUUUUUCAUUGCAGCUUUGGCUUCAAUCCUUGCAGGUUUGUGCUAUGCUGAAUUUGGAGCAAGAGUUCCAAAGGCUGGUUCUGCUUACGUAUAUAGUUAUGUAUGCAUAGGAGAAUUUUUUGCUUUUAUAAUAGGAUGGAAUUUAAUAUUGGAAUAUCUUAUAG